AUGGCCCCGAUCCUGUAUAUACCAGUGCUGUGAUAUAACUCAUGCAGACAGACAUACAUGUAUCCAUAGCUUCUCCUCUGCCCGAAGUAUACAAUGGAUAAACUGACUCAGUUCAUUGACAAUACGUACACUCAUUGAGGAAAUGCUGGGGCGAGUGUUGUGAACGGACAGUUGUGUCACAGAAACAUUUCGGGUUUGUCCACACGUGUCCUACUCUCCAACGCUUAUCGCCUGGACUGAGACGGUUUAAAAUUUGUUUGCACCCACGAGGAGAGUAUGAACCGGAAUAUAUGUCGGGGAGGGGAACGUCGCUUCUCUACCUCUUAAAUAGUGUUAGGGACACAGUGCACGUGAAUAUAUAAGCCAGGAGUGUUGUCACAGGCACUGGACACAGGAUUUAGGAUUUACUUUGUCUCUCCAUUCAGGUUUGGUCCAACAUGUCGAGCCUGUUCAGGCGGGUGUCGAACCUGGUAUGGGGGUCCCGGCGUUCCGCUUCAAGAGAAAAAGACAAAAAAAGCCCCAAAACUGGGAGAAAAAAGAAAGGAAAGAAAGACAGAGAGGAGCAGACGACACAUGACGAGGUUAGUUCCGUGAAACAAACUAUAAAUAAGACAGCGACGGAUCAAGCUGUGCUACUCAACCGUGACCGUCACGCGCGCACAGAAGACAUGGCGGACACCGCAGUAGCAGACGACACGACCCAUGACAACAAGUCCAGCGUUGAAACUCACGUGCGAGAGGAGGAAGCACUGAAAAGUUGUGAUAGGGGACAGUUAAACAGUUCACCGUCUUGUGGAGACGACUAUGUGACUUUGCUUGCAUCACAAGCUUCAGGCGACAGCAAACGCGAGAGCGCGCAUACUAAAUUUGCACAGACAGGCUCGAAAGAAAGUGAAUUGACCGACUCCGGCGAGUCGCAAACCUCAAGCUUCAGUCAGUUGGAGAAUAUAUCUGAGAAAGAAGCGAGUUUACUACUGAACGACAUGUACAGCGAGAGUUCUGUUGAUUCGGAACAUGGAACAGGGUCUGGAAAAGAAAAUCAAAAACCGAAAAAAGGAAUUAAACACAUACUUCGUCGAAAAAUAAGCGCGACGUUGACGAAUAUUGAUUUGGAGCAGUGUGAUCCUGAGAUUUGUGUUAGUGUGUUAAAAAUCCCAUCUGUGAAUACGUUCGGAGCUUUGAAGAAGAAGGUGAAGUCCAGUGGGAAAGAGUGGAUGCAAGGAUUCCUGGACGCCAAAGGUCUGGACGCUCUCUUGGACUGUGUGGACACACUUGGAAGUAAACGGGUAACCCAGCUGUCGGAUGCCUUGCUUCUUCUGGAAUGUGUGGCUUGUAUCAAAGUGGUGAUGAACUCCAAACUGGGCCUGGAAUGCCUGGUCCAACAUCCCGAUUACGUCAACAGACUUGUCAAAGCCCUGGACACGACGAACGCUAUGGUCAAGAAGCAGGUGUUCGAGCUGUUGUCCGCACUGUGUGUCUACUCCCCAGAAGGGUAUCGCCUCGCCCUUGACGCGCUGGAGACAUUCAAGACGAUGAAGAAACUUCGAUACAGGUUCAGCCUGAUCGUGAACGAGUUGAAGGGGGCGGAGUUGGUGCCGUACCGGACAACGUUGGUAGCGUUCAUCAACUGUAUCCUGGUGGCAACCGACGACCUGAGGGAGCGUACCAUGAUAAGGAGCGAGUUUAUAGGUCUCAACCUUCUCGACCUUGUCCACGCGAUGCGCGACAUCGAUGACGAUGACCUCAACAUUCAGUGUGACGUCUUUGACGACGAGAAGCACGAUGAUGACGAGGAGCUUGCGGCCAUGACGUCAGCAGCGCUUGACAUCAGCAACCCAGAUGAGGUGUUCAAGGUUGUUCUUCAGAAGGUGUACAACACGCCCCACGCCGACGUCUUCCUGUCUAUCCUGCAGUCACUGCUGCAGAUUGACCCCGACACCCAUCUCAGUGACAACCAGUGGAAGCUGAUGGAGCUGGCGUCGCGCAAGAUGGUGGUGCUGAAAGAUACAGACGACGUCAGCAAGAUGGUGAUGGACAGGCUAAUGUCCCCCCGGGCGUCGCCUCCGAGAGACGAGGUCAACCGUAAAGACAUGGCAAUACAGACUGAUAAACUGCCAACUGGUAAUGGUGAAGUGACCGGAAGUCAGGGAGUUGUCUCCCCUUCGACAGGAGAGAUUGUGUUAGUGAAUGGCUUGGACCAUCAGAAGAAUGGACUCAUUUUACCGCCAGCAAAACCAACGGAAGCAUGGACUGGAGAGAGCCAAGUUGGCAGAGCCAGUGAAGUUUCAUGCUCAUUAUCAAAUAAAGUCUGUGAUAGAGAUUCUUCCACUGAUGGAUUAUCAAAUGGUGCUAAUAACUCCUCCACAAAUGGUGCUAUCCCUCCACCCCCACCGCCACCUCCACCACCUCAAAGUGCUUCAGGGUCUUCUACACCGCUACAACCUGGAAUCCCACCACCGCCACCCCCUCCCCCACCACCAAGUGGGAUACCUCCUCCACCCCCUCCUCCGCCACCCCCAGGUGGAAUCCCCCCACCUCCUCCUCCGCCACCAGGUGGCAUUCCUCCGCCCCCACCUCCCCCACCACCACCCGGCAGCGGUAUUCCACCCCCACCACCACCCCCACCCGGCAGCGGUAUUCCUCCUCCACCUCCACCCCCACCCCCAGGAGGUGGACCACCUCCACCCCCGCCUCCACCAGGUGCUCCACCACCGCCCGGUGGAAACCGACCGCACCCUCUUCAAUUCCGGAGUCCUGCCCCGAGUUUCCAAGGGAUCACAACACCAAAACCAAAACACAAAAUGAAGACUUUUAACUGGUCGAAAUUGCCCCCGACGGCAAUGAACAGCGAGGACAACGUGUGGAAGGAGGUAUCGACUAUGUCCGACAAGGUGAAGGUCCAGUACGACACCAUUGAACAACUCUUUUGUCAGAAGACGGUGGACAAGACUAAACCUGUGGAGCAAACCAAGGUCAAGGCCCCAACAGAGGUGAAUCUUCUGGACAUGAAGCGCAGCAUGAACGUCAACAUCUUCCUCAAGCAGUUCAAAGCCAAGAACGAGGAGGUCGUUCAGAUGAUUAAAGAUGGUGAUGAUGCUGUCAUUGGUGCAGAGAGACUUCGAGGACUACAGAAGAACAUCCCGGAACCAGAUGAGAUCGCAACCAUCAAGGCGUAUGACGGGGACAAGACGAAGCUGGGGAACGCUGAGAAGUUCUACCUGCUGCUGUCCGAUCUGUCUGGCUACAAGGUCAGGGUCGAAGGCAUGCUCCUGAAGGACGAAUUCCGAACCAUCAUGGAGACACUUGUCCCCAACGUCAAAGUCAUCAUCAACGCUGGCAAGAUGGUCAUGGAUAACGAGUCGCUCAAAGCCUUCUUGAGAUACGUCCUACAUACGGGCAACUUUAUGAACUCGGGUGGGUAUGCGGGUAACGCCCUUGGUUUCAAGGUCGCCUCCUUGUCCAAGCUGAUGGACACGCGAGCCAACAAGCCACGGGUGACGUUGCUGCACUUCCUGGUGGGGGAGGCGGAGAAGGAGAGUGGGGAGAUCCUGGACUUUGCACAGGUCCUUCUACCCACACUGACGGCUGCCAGCAGAUUGACGGUGGACAAUCUCAAGUCCGAACUUGGUCAGCUGAAGACAAGCGUGAAGAAGCUGCAGACUCAAGUGGACAAGUCUGGAGACGACAUCAAAAACCAGUUCCAGAAGUUCUUGCAGUCAGCCAAAGAUGACAUUAAAGCGGUUGAUGAUAAGUUUGAGGAAGUGGAUGAACUCGCGAAGAAGAUGGCACAUCACUUCUGUGAGAAUGAGAACAGUUUCAAGAUGGAGGAGUGCCUCACGACCUUCAAGACUUUCUGUGAGAAGGUCAAUCAGUGUCAAAAGGAAAACAUUCAACGGCGGGUUCAAGAGGAAAAAGCUGAGAGACGGAAAAAGGAACAAGAAGCAAUGAAGGCGAAACAAGGGAACAAACCAAUCAAGCCGCCCCAAGAAGAUGACGGCUGCAUCAUCGACCGCCUCCUCAGGGACAUCAAGAAAGGCUACUCUCUCAGGAAAGCCCCAGCAAAGCCCAGACCAGGCCAGUCUUCGUUUGGCAAGGUCAUGGCCGAAGAGACGGCCGCUAAAGCUAACGGAGACGUGGCUACUGAACCUUCCGAGACAGAGUCAAUCUGCUGAGGUGGACAUUUGAUGUGUUGAAAGUGAAUGUGGUCGUAAUUUCAACGGCUGAAGCGAUGUCUUCCGACCACAUUGCCCAUUUCAAGUCACUACAGUAACUUAGCAGUAUCGUCAUGUCAUGUCCGAGGUGUUUCAUGUUAAGGUGAAGUGUUCGGAUUGACAUGGCGAAAACCCGAUUGGAUCCGAAAACUCUCGAAUCUCUCCAGACAUCAAGAAAGGACAUUCGGCUUGUCUCGGAAUGACAACUGUUGGUCACGAUUUGAUCCGAUAGUUACACAAUUUCGUGAUCUCAGUUACCCGUUGUUUGUUGAGGACAUUGGUGUCGAUGAAUGUAGAUAUACCAGUCGAAAUCUGUUGUGUUGGCAUUUUGAAACUGAUUUAAAAAAAACAUUACCUUAAAAAUCGACGCAAAAAGACAAGUUUCUUCAAGCACUUCUCUGACGACCACGCCAGCGUGUAAUACAAUCAGCACGUUUAUAAACAUUUUUAUACCCUUGAUUUAUUCCAAUAUUUAAAACGCUUAUAAAUAAUAGACUUGCAAUAAUUUGAUCAUUACGCUUAUCAAACCAGUUAGUAAGCAAUAUAGCGUGCAAGUAGACAUACAGUGUGUGAUCAUGCCCUUGCGACAUAAGGGAGAUAACUGUGUCUUCCUUUACCCUUGUAAAUUGUCGGUAUUUUGUUUAACACUGUUUGAUUAUGCCAGAACUGUCGGAUAGGUAUCUUUCAGUAACAUCUAAAAGUUUAUUUUAAACUUUUAAGCCACACAUUAUCACCAUCGCAUAUGUUUCAUUAGACGUUUAUGAUAUGCAAUAGACAUAUACUGAAACACUUUGAAAACGCAUAUUCGAUUUUUUGUAAUAUUUGGCAGAAUGGUCACAAAAAUCAAAGCUCUGGAUAUUUAAACUUGAAAUAAUCCAACACAACAAUCUUUUCCUAUGCGUUCGAAUCUUAUUCGAUGUGCUGGAGAUGGACUUGAGCACAAAAACACAUCUGAUCUGAUUUCAAGUUAAGGUUGGUAUCCGUUUUGAAAAUGUUUCAGUAUAAUAUUAAACAUGCUUCCAAGUGAAAUGUUGAUCUACAAACAUUAGGCUGCCAUUAUGUAGUACAUAUAGUGCUUGUUUUCAAAUUACAUUCUUAAACCACCAUCUUAGCAUAAUUCCUUCGACUCAUAGAGUUUAAACAACUGUACAUUGAUGUACAUAAUCUAUAUUAUUGUACAUAUUUAUUUGUAUAUUUGCCAAUCUUUCCAUUUACUACACUACAAUAACGCAUUUACAAUUAGAAUUGAGAGUCCAUGUUUUGAAAGCUCGAACCCAUUAAUCCUCGUCUCUAGCACCCAGGGUACAUAUCACAGUCUGUGUAAAAUGAACCCUGAUCGCCGAGGAUGGAAUAAAAAAUCAGGGAUGAGUAUCUUGUGAUCACUUGCAAUGUAGUUAUUAUGUUGUAUAUGUAGUGAAGAGGCGUUAAUCCUAAUGUCUACGUUCCAAGGAUAAUCCUGAUGUCUACGUUUCAAUGUUAAUCCUGACGUUCACGUUCCAAUGAUAAUCCUGACGUCCACGUCCCAAGGUUAAUCGUUCGCAUUAACGAAAAUGGAAAUGAUCGUCAAUAAGGGUUUCUUCACUAACGGCGUAUCACACUACAGUGGUCACAAUAUGUCUUUACUGGUGAGACAUCAUGUUCUUUACUACGGGGGCGGUCGGGUACCCUAGUGGUUAAAGCGUUCCCUCGUCACGCCUAAGACCCGGGUUCGAUUCCCGACAUGGGUACAAUGUGUGAAGCCCAUUUCUGGUGUCCCUCGCCGUGAUAUUGCUAGAAUAUUGCUAAAAGCGGUGUAAAACCAUACUCACUCACUCUUUACUACGGUAACGCGACUAUUUGUAAUCAAUAUCCUAUCAAAGGCUUUCACCCAAUAGUAGUGUACGCGUACAUCCAUUGAGGUAAAGCUUGUCUUGUGUCUGGAUUGCUAUUUUCAGCUCAUUUGAGAAUUCCUGAUAGUGCGGAAACCCCAUAUUCUGGACGGUUACUUUUUAAGUAGAUGCAUACACCUGGAGAAUAGAUUUGUUUAUUUUCAAAUCUCCCGAUAAAUGUAUCCUUUGCAAAUACACGACACUGAUUUCAUUUCGAUAAAUGUCCGAGAUGACAUGGUAUCAGCUGAAACGUGAGCACAAAAACAUUGAAUGUCUCCCCGAUAGUCACAAGUAGUGAGCCAUGUCACAGGAUGCAAUGAAGCAGAGGAGGCAAAGAGUAGUGGAGUAAAUAUUGCCAUGGAACAGUUAAAAAACUUGUUAUUUCAUAAAAGCCUCUGGUAUCUUUAGUGGCGGUCGGGUAGCCUAGUGGUUAAAGAUUCCCGACAUAGGUACAAUGUGUGAAGCCCAUUUCUGGUUCCCCCGCCGUGAUAUUUCUGGAAUAUUGCUAAAAGCGGCGUAAAAUCAAACUCACUCACUCUGGUUUCUGUAUUUCAACAUGAGAGUGUCACUUUGUAAAGGGUAUUUUUCUUAUUCGUAAGAAAAUAAUUAAGGCAUACGAUUUUUUUAAAAUUGCUGUUUCAUAAGUAUAUGGAAAGUGGUGCAUAAUUAUUCUCCAGGUGUGUGUGAUGCAAGAGCCAUUACAAUGUAUCCUAGGUUUCUUCAUCCAGAAUGUGCUUAAUCCCGACGGAAGUUUCAGUGAUCGGAACUGUUGAGGGUCCCAUUCCACACAUGAGUCGUAGCGCUAAGGCCGUAACACGCACACAUACUUCAACAUUGAAUGACGACAGUCGUAGAGCUAAGGCCGUAACUCGCACACAUACUUCAACAUUGAAUGACGACAGUCGUAGAACUAAGGCCGUAACUCGCACACAUACUUCAACAUUGAAUGACGACAGUCGUAGAGCUAAGGCCGUAUCUCGCACACAUACUUCAACAUUGAAUGACGACAGUCGUAGCACUAAGGCCGUAACUCGCACACAUACUUCAACAUUAAAUGACGACAGUCGUAGAGCUAAGGCCGUAACUCGCACACAUACUUCAACAUUAAAUGACGACAGUCGUAGCGCUAAGGCCGUAACUCGCACACAUACUUCAACAUUAAAUGACGACAGUCGUAGCGCUAAGGCCGUAACUCGCACGCAUACUUCAACAUUAAAUGACGACAGUCGUAGAGCUAAGGCCGUAACUCGCACACAUACUUCAACAUUGAAUGACGACAGUCGUAGCGCUAAGGCCGUAACUCGCACACAUACUUCAACAUUAAAUGACGACAGUCGUAGCGCUAAGGCCGUAACUCGCACACAUACUUCAACAUUGAAUGACGACAGUCGUAACACUAGGGCCGUAGCUCGCACACAUACUUCAACAUUAAAUGACGACAGUCGUAGCGCUAAGGCCGUAACUCGCACACAUACUUCAACAUUGAAUGACGACAGUCGUAGAGCUAAGGCCGUAGCUCGCACACAUACUUCAACAUUGAUUUACAACAGCUAAGGCCGCUCUGUGGAACGGGAACCGUGUGUUUAUAAACCAACUGAAUAUUGCUGAGUGGUGUUGCCGGGUAUUGAAAUGGUUUCGAUAUUAGCGGAUAAAACGUGGACUCUCAGUCUACAUUAAAAAUCUGCAGAGUUGCUUAAAAACUAUUUCUAUUUUUCUAGUCGAUAAAAGUGUUGAACAGCCAGUCGACCACUGCGUGUAGUUUCUUACACAAAUAAACAUCUAUGCAUUUU